AUGCUAUCUUACGAAACCCGACCUGCCAUCGGCCAGCCAGCACCACCCGCCGAUCACCUACCAAUAUCACCCCCUACAUCUAAUACCAUGGCGAAUGGCACCAGCCAGAUUUCGAAGCCGGAAACAAAAUACCACCAUAUCUGGUUGAUUACGGGGCCCGCGGGAUGUGGCAAGAGCACCGUCGCCCAGUCCCUAGCGAAUGCUAUGGACCUACCUUUCAUCGAGGGAGACGAGUUCCACCCCCCAGCCAAUGUUGAAAAGAUGUCCCAAGGCAUACCCCUGACGGACUCUGAUCGCUGGGACUGGCUCACGCAGCUGCGCGAGGAGGCGCUACGUCGACUAUCCGCUGGCUCGGAAGGCGUGGUUCUUACCUGCUCGGCUCUCAAGCGCAAAUACCGCGACGUUAUCCGGGUUGCGCCGUACUAUUCACACGACGUGCUAGUGCAUUUCGUAUACCUGCAUGCGAGGGAGGAAGUGCUGAUAGAGAGGGUCCAAUCGAGAAAGGGCCACUUCAUGGGUGCCAGUAUGGUACACAGUCAAUACAGCAUCCUCGAAGCGCCGGGCGCGGAUGAGACAGACGUCAUAAGGGUGGACGUCAGCGGCUCGAUGGAAGAGGUGGAGCGGGAGGCACUCGCUAAGGUUCAUGAGGCAUUACAGGAGUCAUAG